UUUGCUGUCCGGGCGGAAGUCAGAUACCAUUUUCCGUCCCCACCUCCGCUUGAUGUGGAGCUGGUAAUGAAAUAGCAUUUCCAACUUUUUCCGCAUAGUCCUUUAAUUCGCUGCUGGUGCUGUGUAGUCCCCUCUUCGUAACAAUGGAUUACAGCGGAGCCCGUCAGGAUUCUGACCCGAGCGACAAGUCGUCCGGUCCCGCCUUUACGAAACAGCAAGGCACCCAAACUGACCAAAGAUCCAGGCUGAUAGUGACUCCUUUCCACAACUCCCCCAUUGUCACUAAAGACGCGUCUCUGCGCAUCAAACGACUGCAUCCCGGCAGAGAAAAAGCGUCCGGCGGCGGCCUGUUGCUGGGCACACCUGGAGGUGGAACAUCUGCACAUCCCGCCGCAGCCAGCAGCUCGGAGAAACAAAUCCCGACUUCUGGCUCCCCGCAGACGACGCCUGCCGGCAAAAAGACAGCAAAGCCGGCGUCAGCAGAAGCAGUGAAGUCUGAGCCGUCGACGCCCAAGCGUGCACAGAAAGAAAAAAGCAAAGUCAGGAUUGUUUCUACCUCCGUCAAAUCUCAAGCAGUGAAGAGAAAGAAGAGGAAAAUGGGAAUGUACAACCUCGUCCCCAAAAAGAAAGCAAAGGCCAAAGGGGAGAGAGAGGCCACCUUGGAGAAGCAACAGACGGCGUCAGAUGAGAAACCGCUUAAUAUUCCAACCCCUGCGAAUGGUGGAGAACAGUCGGUCGGCUGGAGCGAACUGCCGACGGAUGGGGAGAACAGCCACGUUGAAUACACAGAGUUCGCUUUGGACUGUCUGGACCUCAAAGCUCAGGAAGAGUUCCUCUCGCCCACCCUUUCAUGCGGUAUCGAAGGGGAGGAUGAGUUGGAAGACGUGGACCUGGCUGAUGAGUUACCGCUGUGCUGCUGCCGUAUGGAGACGCCCCCCAGCAGUGGAAGCCUGUCGGCUCUGGAGCAGACCUGCAUGGCUAUGGAGAGCGCAGACGGAAUGCUGAAUCGCUGUCAUAGGCCAGUGAUGAAGCAGGAGAUGAUGCGACCCUCAAACACGGUCCACCUCCUGGUCCUGUGCGAGGACCACCGGGCCGGCAUGGUUAAGCACCAGUGUUGCCCCGGCUGCGGGCUCUUCUGCAGAGCGGGUACUUUUAUGGAGUGCCGGCCAUAUGGUAGUAUUUCCCACCGCUUUCACCAAGACUGUGCCUCCAUCUUGAAGGAUCAAAGGUUUUGCCCCCACUGUGGAGAAGAUGCGAGUGGCGCAAAGGAGGUCGUAGUUUCCAAGACUGAUUUGUCACCCUCUGUAACCAAAUCAAACCCCGGUCAAUCACUUCCUCUUGUUGCCGCCCUACCUUUAGUCUCAGCUACUCCUGUUCAUCAAAUAUUGAGGGCAAGGAAGACCAGCCAGCCCCAGAGGCCUAGAGACGAGAGCAUGAGCAACUUCAAAGAAGAGCAGCAUGUACACACAAACGAUUCCCUGGAGACCAUCCUCAUGGCACUGGAUGAUGAGAACCUGAAACCAAAAAAAACAAAGUACCCCACCAGGCAGCUGUACUUUUCUGCGAAGCAAGGAGAUCUACAGAGGGUCGUUCAGCUUCUAGUUAAUGGGAAGGACCCCAACUUUUUGAUUGAAGGCCAAAAUAGGCGCACCCCACUUCACGCAGCCGCUGCUGAAGGCCACCAGGAGAUCUGCCACAUGUUGGUCCAGGCGGGAGCCAACCUGGAUAUGUUUGAUGAGGAGUUCAAAACCCCACUGAUGGCAGCCUGUGAAAACAACCACCUGGACACAGUGAAGUACCUGCUCAGAGCCGGAGCGUCUGCGAGCCAUAAGGAUACCAUGGGCUUCACAUGUCUGCAUCUGGCAGCCAAACUGGGACAUUAUGACGUACUGGAUCAUUUGCUCUCCAAGGCAUCCAAACACAUCAAUGGUCAGGAUGAUGGAGGGUGGACGCCUAUCACUUGGGCCACAGAGUACAAACACAAAGAGGUAGUCCGACUGCUUCUGGCCAAAGGAGCCGACGUAAACAUCAGAGAUAAGGAAGAGAACGUGUGCCUGCACUGGGCAGCGCUGUCCGGCUGUGAGGACAUAGCCCAGGCUCUGCUAGAGGCCCAGUGUGACCUCCACGCCGUUAACGUCCACGGGGACACGCCGCUUCACGUUGCGGCGCGAGAGAACCACCUGGAGUGUGUGAUGUUGUUUCUGUGUCGUGGAGCUGACGUCACACAGACAAACAAGGAGGGCCAGACUGCUCUGGACUGCUGUGUCUGUGGCUCGAAGGUCUGGACGGCCCUGAAAACCAACAAGAAGCUCACUGAGGCUAAGAAAGGACAGAUCAGCCAGGGAGAGAGGCUACUCUGCAGAGAUAUUUCCAGGGGAUAUGAGGCCGUUCCCAUCACCUGUGUUAAUGGAGUCGACAGUGAGCCGUGCCCUGGAAACUUUAGGUACAUACCAGACAACUGUGUCACAUCCCAGCUGAACAUAGACAAGGACAUCACUCACUUGCAGCACUGUGGCUGUACAGAUGACUGCUCAUCCAGCACCUGCACAUGUGGUCAGCUCAGCGUACGAUGUUGGUAUGACAAUGAGGGUCGUCUACCACUGGAAUUCUGUCAGUGGGACCCUCUGGUGCUGUUUGAGUGCAACCAUGCCUGCUCCUGCUGGAGGACUUGCAGGAACCGUGUGGUUCAAAAUGGAAUCAGAGUUCGGCUGCAGCUCUAUAAAACUGAGAAGAUGGGGUGGGGAGUGAGAGCCAUGCAGGACAUCAGCCAAGGAACAUUCAUUUGCGAGUAUGUUGGGGAGAUCAUCACCGAUGCAGAGGGAGACAAAAGAGAAAACGACUCCUUCCUCUUCACUCUCGACAAUAAGGUGGGGAACACGUACUGUAUCGACGCGAGGCUCUUCGGAAACAUCGGCCGUUUCAUCAACCACCUGUGUGAGCCCAACCUGCAAGCUGUGAAAGUGUUCACCAUGCACCAAGACCAGCGCUUCCCACGGAUAGCCUUCUUUUCCAGCCGGGCCAUCAAAGUCGGAGACCAGAUUGGGAUUGAUUAUGGUGAUAACUACUGGAGGGUGAAGAGCAAGUACUUCAACUGCCAAUGUGGAUCUGUUAAGUGUCGUCACUCGGCUUCCAGCCAAUAGGAGCUCACUCCUAUGGGACCCCCCCCCCUAUAUCUUGUAACUGUCAGAAGCUCUGGAAAGUAUUGCUAUGAAUUUGCAAACGACUUUCAGGCCUCCAUCUGAAAUUUCUGUUUUUUUUAAACGGCAAAUGAAAUGUACACAUAAAAGCACAGGAACUAACUUAUUUAGACACUUGCAUCACGGAAGUUUAUUUUUUUGUAUGAAGAAGAAUGCAGUAUCUGAAAGAGAUCAAAUCAUUGUCAACCCAACAGGGAGAAUUUCGAAUAUUUUAAUAGAUCAUUUUAAUAUGAAUGGAUUUGUAUUACUGGAAAGUGUGAAAAAAAUCCAAAUGAAUGAAGUUGGAUUAUUGUAGUUUUUUUUAAUAGUUUGACCUUUUUAACGUUUUUCAAUGUAUCUAAUUGGUCAUUAAACACACUGUUGAAUGGGG